AUGAAUGAGUUUUUAAAGACACUCUUAAAUGAUGUGUAUGUUAAGUUUGUUAUGAAUCACAAUGAAUUCAUAUUUUUAGAUUAUAGACAGUAUUUGUUUAUAGUAGAGGAAGCUUAUUGGUAUUCAAUUGAUAAUUACGUAUUAAAUAAUUUAUCUUUUAGAACAUUUGCUGCUUUGUUACUUAUGUAUUCAAAGGUUAUACCGGAGUGUGAUAAUGUGUUAAAUGAAGUGUUUAAGUUAAACAUGUCUGAGUUUAAUGAGUCUAAGAUUGUAAGUCUUAUUGAAAAAUAUAAGCCUUGUCAACAUAAAUCUUUUCCUAGUGCUUGUGAUAAGUAUUAUUAUUACAAUAAUGUUUUUCCACUUUCCAGAUUAAAUGAUGAUCUUAAUCACUUUAACAACUAUAAAAGGUCUGUUCCUGUUUAUGGUUGUAUGAUAUUCUCGCCUGAUUUAAGUAAGUUUUUAAUUGUUAAACAAACUACAGGAAGUACUUACACUUUCCCUAAGGGUAAGAGAAUUAUGAAUGAAGAUCCUAAAAUCUGUGCUGUGAGAGAGACCAUGGAAGAAGUUGGUAUUGAUGUUACUGAUCAUAUCACUUGUGUUAAUUUUACUAUUUUUAAAAAGAUCACAUUAUACGUUGUAUUAAACAUUGAUCCCAGUGUACCAGUUAAACCAAGAUCUGCUAAAGAAAUUGCAGGUAUUGAGUGGAUUAAUAUUGAAGAUUUUAUUAAUUCAAUUAAUUCAAGUGAAGAAUGUUUUAAUAGCAAAUACAAAUUAGUUAUUGUUGCUUUUAGACAAUUUUUACCUUUUUAUGAGAAUUUAAAAUCGAACUUAUUUAAGUUUAAAUUUGAUCAAAAUGAUGAUAAUUUAAAUGAUGAAACUGAUGCUAAUAAAAGAAAUAAUAGUUUAAUUAGAAUUAUGAAUAGAUUAUUAUAA